AUGACAGGCACUCCAAAAUAUGCAUUAAUUACUGGUGCUUCAUCAGGUAUUGGAUAUAAUCUUGCUAUUGAAUUAUCUAAAAAAGGAUAUAAAGUAAUUGGAUGUUCACCAGAACCAGUAUUAUUUGCUCAAAAACCAUUAGAAGAAGAAUAUGGGAUUUUUUCAAUACCUUUAGAUAUAACAUCAAUUGAAAAUAUUAAAAAAGUUCGAGAUCAAGUUGAAGAAAUAACUGGUGGUAAUUUAUCAAUUUUAUAUAAUAAUGCAGGUAUUUCAAUUGCAGGUCCAGCUAUUGAAAUUCCUGAAGAUGAUUUAAAUAAAAUAUUUCAAAUUAAUGUUAUUGGACAUAUUAAUAUGACGAAAUAUUUUGCACCUUUUAUUAUUAAUUCAAAAGGUACUAUUUUAUUUACAAGUUCAGUAGCUGCAAGAGUUCCAUUAAGUUGGGUUAGUGCAUAUAAUGCAACAAAAGCAGCAAUUGAUGCUUAUGCUUUAACUUUACAUGGUGAAUUAGCUCCAUUUGGUGUUAGAGUUCAUAGUGUUAUUACUGGUGGAGUAGAUACUGCUAUUUGUGAUGCAAAUAUGAAAUCUUCUUUAGCUGAUUCUUAUUAUGAUGUUGAAGGUGUUUAUGAUUCAAUGAAUAGUUCUGCUUCAAUGAGUCGUGAUUUAAAUAUAUCUCCUCAACAAUAUGCUAAAGAAGUUGUUAAUGAUAUAUUAAAAUGGAGAGAUCCUGGGUUUAAUCUUUAUCAUGGGGCAAGAGCUUAUUUCUUACAUUGGGUAAGUCGUUUCAUUCCUUUAUGGUUAACUGAAUUGGGUGUUCAAAUCCAUUUUAAACAACGUAAAGUAUUAAAUACUAUUGCAAAAUUAAUUAAAGCUAAAAAGAAUUUGAAAACAAAAACUGAUUAG